UGCUACCUCAGCUACCAAACGAACCAACCAAUAAUUGACAAUGGUGCACUGGACCGAAGAAGAGCGUCAGGCCAUCGCUUCAACCUGGGCCGAGGUCAACUUGGAAGAGGCAGGCCACCAGGCCCUGACUCGGGUGCUGGUUGUGUAUCCCUGGACCCAGAGGUACUUCAGCACAUUCGGCAACAUCUCCAAUGCCACCGCCAUUGCUGGUAACGCCAAGGUCCGCGCUCAUGGCAAGAGGGUAAUUGUGGCUCUCGGUGACGCUAUCAAGAACCUGGACAACGUGAAAGCGACUUACGCCAAGCUGAGCGAGUUCCACUCUGAGAAACUCCACGUCGACCCCGAGAACUUCAGGCUCCUGGGGGAGACGCUUAUCAUCACCCUGGCUGCCCAGUUCGGCGCUGCCUUCACCCCUGACAUCCAAGCUGCCUGGCAGAAGUUAAUGGCUGUUGUCAUCGCCGCCCUCAGCAAACAAUACUACUGAGAGCCCUCUACCGGAGGGCCCGGUUCAAGCUGCCCGCGCCAGAACUGAGAAUCUUCACUGACAGCACCAACUACUGCUUCCUUUUCAUUGUUACAGUAUUAUUAUUUCUGUCAGCCACAUGCCUUUUUAAAAAAUGAAACAGAUCAAUAAUUACUUGUCAAUAAAAUAUUGCUUUAUUGUCUGUGUAUUGUCAGAUAGUAUUUAAG